CGUCUCACCACUGGAUUUGUUGGCACAUUAUAAUGGACAGGCACUUGAUCCAAAGUGCCACGCUGACGUCGAGUGCAUUGAUGAGGAAGAUGCUUCUUCUGGACACGGAAUUGGUGACUGCUCCUGUGCUUUCUGUCUCCACCCUCAUUCUCAUCACCGGAAAGAAAGAGGCGGAGAAAGAUCGAGAUGCAUGCCCCUGCUGCAGGUGCCCAGAUCUUCCAAGGCGAUGAGGGGAAGGAGGAGGAUCAAGAUCAGCAGCCGAUUACAGCGAGUGUUCGAGGACUAAGAGGAGGAGGGAAAGGGACGUGGAAGCACGCAGCCUCCCACGUCGCGACGACCAUCGCCACACCGGCGGCUUACGCGCCUUUGCCCUUUGCAGUCGCCUCCCUCGGAUGGCCUCUUGGUG